CGUAGAUCAACGUGACAUUUACAAACGGGCUUCACCGAACUAGUGGUAAACAGGAGGUAGGCCUAAACAACAACAGAUACAUUACAUUAGAUCUGUUACAUCACAUUUCAACAUUUUACAAUGGUUCUUGCCUGGUACUUUAAUCCUUCUGAUGAAGAUAAGCGUUUGCCGCACAAGAAGGAACCAAAUGUUCCGGUUAGUAUCGAGGACCUUGAAAGAAAAACGGGCGUAAGGUGCUUGAAGGUGGAUCCUGAAGGAUAUCAAGGAAAUGAAACCUACAGAACUCUGAGAAAGGAGCGAUUGUAUAAAUAUGAAGACUCGAUUGAUGUGACAGACAGAAAACCUGAAUUUGACGAAAUAUUAAAAACGUUCUACAUAGAACACUUACACGCCGAUGAUGAAGUGAGAUAUACAGUCGGUGGGUCGGGAUACUUUGAUGUAAGAGACGAAGAUGAUGCUUGGAUCAGAAUCCAUAUUGAGUCAGGGGAUCUGAUCACCUUACCUGCUGGCAUUUACCAUCGCUUUGCAUUGGACACAAAGAACCACAGCAUUAAGUUAGUGAGGCUGUUUACAGAGGUACCAGUGUGGACACCAUUUCCCAGACCAGCGGAUAACCACCCAGCAAGACUCGCCUAUAUCAAUUCACGGAAGCUUAAAGACACUGAUGCUUAAAGGCCCCAUAUAGAGUGCAAACCACUUUGGUUUAUAUCAUAGUCUUACUCAAUGUUAUCACAAUGUGGAAUAAAAUUUACUCAUGAGCACAAAAAAGCAUUUUAAAAUUUUAGUU